AUGCUGUUGGUGGCCAUAACCCCCAGCCACAAAUCCGUGGCCACUAAGCUGGUGGGUGUGAUGCUUGCCUCCCUUAGCAGCGGUGGCGGGGAGCUGAGCUUCCUCGGUCUGACCCAUUACUACGGCCACAUGAGCCUUGCGGGCUGGGGCAGUGGCACCGGCGCGGCCGGGCUGGUAGGCGCUGGUCUAUACGUGAUGAUGACGGAUUGGAUUGGCUUUUCUGUCAGGACCACGCUCUUGUUCUCCGCCGCGCUGCCCAGUAUCCUGUUUGUCAGCUUCUUCUUUAUCCUUCCUCAUGGGCCUCUGCGGACAGGCGUACAACCCAAGGACUACGACGCACUACCUGAACGCGACCUAGAGGAGGACGAAGUCGACAACCUACCACAGUCGGCAGCCUCAUCCGCACUCCUUGCGCCGGGCCCGUCCGUAGCUGCCACAGCAUAUUCGACACACUCGCCGCAACAGGGCCUGACGUUCAAGGCGCACCUUCGACGGACUAAGGCGCUUUUCGAACUCCGCGAGUUCUACCCCUUCUACGGGUUUCUUUACCAGCUCGGCGUCUUCAUCUCGCGCUCAUCCACCCCUUUCAUCCGCAUACGCCGUCUCUACCUGCCCUCCUUCUUUCAGCUGGGUAACCUUGUCAUCCUCUUCCUGCAUGCCAUGUUCUUUUUCAUCCCCUCGGUCUAUAUUGUCUUCAUUAUUAUAUUUUGGGAGGGUUUGCUCGGCGGCGGGGUUUACGUCAACUGCUUUGCGAAUAUCCUCGAGGAAGUACCAACUCAAGACAGAGAGUUUAGUUUGGGUGCGACGAGCGUGAGCGACAGCGGGGGCAUUUGCAUCGCGGGCCUGAUCAGCAUUUUUAUCGAGACUAGAUUGUGCGAUUGGCAGGUCGGUCAGGGGAGAGAUUGGUGCCGGAAUAUCAAGGUCUCGAGAGAUUAG